AUGGGUUGCAAGCUUACAUUUGUGGAUGACAUCCUAAACAAAUCGUUCUACAAGCUCGGGCUAAUAGUCGGCAAACAACCAGGCUACUUUAUCAUUAUACCAGUCCUUCUAACACUGCUCAUGAUCACCGGUUACCAGCGUGUGCACUAUGAAAUGGACCCUGAAUAUCUGUUUUCACCCGUUAGUGGCCAGGGUAAACUGGAGAGGCGGAUUGUCGAAGAACAUUUCAAAGUUAACUAUUCCCAUAGGUUUAACGUGGGAAGGAUAACAAGAGCUGGUAGAUUCGGUCGAGUGAUAAUCAUUUCCAAAGAUAACAUAACAAAUAUGCUUCGAACAGAAGUAUGGAACGAGCUUCGACAACUAGACGAGUAUGUACAGAAUAUAACAGUGACACUGGACAACGGUGAAACAUUUACGUACAGUGAAGAGUGCGCGCGAUGGGAAGGGCAAUGCUUUACGAACGAUAUUCUCAACCUGGACAAAAUAAUCGGCGAGGUGGAACGCGGUGAACUAAAUUUAACAUUUCCGAUCAUGUUCAAUCCUGUUACGUGGGAGGCUCACGCUUUUCCCGUAUUCUUUGGCGGUUCAAAGGUGGUAGAUGACAUAAUAGAAUCCGUUCCCGCCGUGCAACUCGUUUGGUUCCUCAGGACCGACACUAAAUUGCAGGAGCAACGAGGUGCUGCAUGGGAAGAUGCGUUUUUGGAUGCUGUUGGUGUAGCAGAAGACACAGGACGGUUUAAGCAUAUCUCCAUAUCACGAUUUGCAUCACGUACGCUUGAUCACGAACUCGAAAAGAACACCAGAACCGUCAUACCUUUCUUCAGUUCCACGUUUAUUUUGAUGGGAAUUUUCUCAAUCGUCACAUGUAUGAUGGGUGAUUGGGUUAGAUCUAAACCUUGGUUAGGGUUACUUGGGAAUAUAUCAGCUGUAAUGGCAACUGCGGCCGCUUUUGGUUGUGCAAUUUAUUUAGGCAUAUCUUUCAUUGGAAUCAAUCUUGCCGCACCGUUCUUGAUGAUUGGAAUUGGAAUCGAUGAUACUUUCGUGAUGUUGGCGGCGUGGAGACGCACUGCGCCGACGCUCCCUGUACCGGAACGAAUGGCAAUUAUGCUCUCGGAAGCUGCCGUCUCGAUUACUAUAACUUCUGUGACUGAUAUGCUAUCUUUCUUUAUUGGUAUCUUCUCACCGUUCCCAUCAGUGCAAAUUUUCUGCAUGUAUUCAGGUCUCGCUGUUUGUUUCACCUUUGUUUGGCAUCUUACAUUUUUCGCUGGAUGCGUGGCUGUAUCAGGAUAUCGAGAGAAACAAAAUCGACAUACGAUUACUAUGUUAAAAGUUCUACCUGAAUCUAGAGCAAGAAAAGAAGAAAAAUCAUGGCUCUAUAGAAUAUUCUGUAGCGGAGGUAUCGACAGCGCGGAUCCAAACAAUCCUAUAGACAACAAAGAGCACUGUAUAAUGGCAUUUUUUCGAACAACCAUGGCGAAUUUACUCAACAAUAACAUAGUCAAGGCACUGGUUAUAGUUAUAUUCUUGGCAUAUUUAGCUGGCGCCGGUUACGGUGUGACCAAUUUAAAAGAAGGCUUAGAAAGAAAGAAACUAUCGAAAGUUGACUCGUAUUCUGUGGAGUUCUUUGAUCGUGAAGAUCUUUACUACAGGGAAUUUCCGUACAGAAUACAGGUGGUUAUAAGUGGAAACUACAAUUAUUCCGAUCCGAAAAUCCAGGACGAAGUCGAAACAUUAACGCAAAAAUUGGAAAAUACAUCGUAUAUAUCGAAUUCACUUUAUACAGAGUCGUGGCUUCGAACGUUCGUUACCUAUGUAGAAAGAAAUAACGACUAUUUAAAUGUAACCAUUGACAAUGAAGAAGAUUUCAUACAAAAUCUUAAAGAGUUGUGGCUUUUCCCGGCCAAUCCAUUUUCACUUGACGUUAAAUUCAAUGAAGCUGGAAAUUCAAUCAUUGCUUCAAGAUUUCUUAUUCAAGCUAUAAAUAUAAGCGGUACCAAUCAUGAAAAGGAAAUGGUUAAACAUCUUAGAGAAAUAGUGGCUCAAUCUCCGUUAAAUGCUUCUGUGUUCCAUCCAUAUUUCGUAUUCUUCGAUCAGUUCGAACUCGUGAGACCGACAUCGAUACAAAAUCUCUGUUACGGUGCACUAAUGAUGAUGAUAACAUCAUUUAUAUUCAUCCCAAAUAUUUUGUGCUCCUUGUGGGUGGCAUUCAGUAUAAUAUCUAUAGAAGUCGGUGUUGUGGGUUACAUGGCAUUAUGGGACAUAAAUCUUGACUCGAUAUCUAUGAUUAAUUUAAUUAUGUGCAUAGGUUUCUCUGUAGAUUUCACUGCUCAUAUAUGUUACGCGUACAUGGCAUCUAAAGCAAAGCAUCCUAAGCAAAGAGUAAGCGAGUGUCUUUAUUCCUUAGGAUUACCAAUUCUUCAAGGGUCAUUUAGUACUAUACUUGGUGUAGUUGCCUUGCUGUUAGCUGACAGUUAUAUAUUCUCAGUGUUCUUUAAGAUGGUAUUUAUGGUUAUUUUCUUUGGUGCAAUGCAUGGUCUCUUCCUUUUACCAGUAUUGCUAUCACUCUUCGGACCAGGUUCAUGCACAAGACACGAGGAAGAAUUUAAAAUAUCAAAAGUAGAAAAAUGUUUCCCUAAUCCGUACUGCUUACCGCAUCCCCAAUUAGUUCUUAACGAUCAAAUAUACAAUGGAAAAAACAUAAACCCCAACGGCGUUUAUAAAAUUUACGGAGAUGACAAAGAUCUGGGUAUUGGUACUUCGGGUGAAGACACCAGUGAAAGCAGUUCUAAUCAAUCUCAACGCCGAAAUAUCGGCAAUAACGAAAAUAGUAGAAAAAAGUAUGAAGACGGGUGGAAGAAAUACAACAAUUACUGUCAAAGUACGAGCCAGUUUCAGCCGUCAGGUGAGUUAGAUUUUUACGGGUAUGAAAGUGAUCGCACUUGGCAAAGAAGACGUGGUAGCAACAAUCGGGUCGACAACUAUAAAAAUCAAGGACAUAGAAAUAACGAUGUUGUAAGAACAAGAAAAACUAGUGACACGAGUUCGCAACGUGAAGGCACCUACAGGGUGAUGAGAACGCACUCUCAUCACAAUCUUCACAGGCCAAGGGCUCCCAGGCGUACCAAUUCUCAUCACAACCUCGAACACAUAGAUUACGUUGCCGAAAUGCACUUUCCUUGACAUCAACCGAAUAAACCUUUCCAUUAAUUACAAAUUAAAAUAAAUAAUGUGCUCAAUUGUGGACCAAAGUAGUAUUAUUAUUCCAAGGUGGAUUACAACUAUAUGUAAAAACUGUAUUUUGUGUGUAUAGUAAAGUAGUUUUGGAUCUGCAAUGGUAAGUCAAUUAUUUAUAGAGUUUUAGAACGACAAGUGACUAUGCUAUUGUAUUACGACAAGUUUUAGAUACGUAAACCAGUAAUACCUAAAUAUAUAAAUACGAUGAACUUAGUAUAUAAGAAAUGUAAAAGCAUAACAAGAUGGAUGUUUUAUAUUCAAAAUAAAAAUGGAAAAUGCAUCUGUAAACGGCGUACCUACAUUGCACUUUUCAAAUAAUAUUUUAUUUAAAAAGGUUAAAGUUGGUCGCAUAUAUUUUUUGGGAAAAAAUUAAACAAUGCGAUUAUUAAAUAAUUUAUUAAAACUUACAAGUUCCUAAAAGGUAUAUCAUGUAAAUUAUACUAUUUCAGUCGACCUUGCUUACACUACCAUUAAUACUAAUCUGGCAAAAUGUAAUCCUACUAUUUAUAAAAGUUUAUGAAAAUGUAUGUAAUGUAUACGUGACUAAUGUUAAUGUUAGAUUUCGUUUAUUGGAAUCGUCUUAAACGAGAAAAAAAAACAUAUUUUCGUUAAAAUUUAUUCCGUAAACGUUUAAGAAUAAAGCCGUUAUACUUUUAAGAGAUUUCUAGUGUGAUAAUUAUUAAUUUUGGGGCGGGUGAGAUGUACCUUAGAAAUGUGUAAAUAUUUGUGUAUUUAAAGUAUAUUAUAAGUUUUCAUUAUUUACGAAGCUUUAACGUUACCUUUAUCGUAUCGGUUGCUGUAAAUAUAUUUUUUUUUAUAUGUGAUACAUUUCAGAUGCCAUGUACCAAUCACGUUUAUAGGUACUUUGACUCUAUUCUAUGAGCAAUAUCUACCUACCUUAAUCUAUUUUACAAAAAUAAAGAGUUAUUCAUACAAUAACGAUAUUGCCUUGCAUUUGUUGUUAUUACAACCCAUUGUUAUGUAUGAAUGACAUAUGAUAUCCGUGAUCAUGAACGAUCACAGCUCAUGACUGAAUAUUGUAAAUAUUUGAAUUGUUUUAUAUUAAAUAAAUUAGUUUUUAUAACA